AUGCUUGAGCGUUACAUUCUGUGGAGGAUGGCUCAACUCGACAUCAUUCUUGUAUUCGGAAUGCUCAGUCGUGUUGCCCUUGCUCAAGAUCCAGGUAAAAACACAUGGCAGAUUGCCUUGAAUUCGACUGCUUCCAUCGGACCAGAUGGUCCUUGGUGGGAUAUCACUCGAGCUGUAUAUUACCCGGAUCAAAAGCUGAGUGUCUUUCCGGGCCUUUGUCAAACCAGCCUGAUUAUGUCGAGCGGUGCUUCCCGAGCCUGGUGUCCAUACCUCUAUUUACCCCGGGAAACUUGUGAUGCGAUCGCCGAACUCCUCCCCGUCACAUAUAACGACGACUUCAAUUUAUACCUAUGGAAUACCGAGUCUUCAGCUUACUCAGAUAUCAUUUCCUCGCCCCAUUCUCUGGUCUUCUCUUACGCAUCUGGAGCGGGCGGCAGCCAAACCGCUAACAUCAACGUCCCGUUCGCUCUACUCAACCUGACCUUAGAUGCUCCACUCACAUCGACACCAACACCGUAUUUCCCAUGCAGCCCUUUGACAAGCUCAGCGGACACACCAUACCACCUCGGCCGAGCAGCUUUCCUGGGUGCCAAUUUCCACAUGAACAAACUGUUUCUCGCUCAGGCUGCAUCGAACGCACCAGAUUGGAAUACCACCUGGGCAGGGACCCUGAAGAAACUGACGUCCACCAGCACCACAACAGGGUCGGGGAGUGCCAGCGCAACCUCAAAUUCAAGCGGAGACAGCCAGACCUCCACAAAUGGCUCUCCCAGCGUCCAGACCAACGACACAGGCAUCUCGAAAGGAGCAUUAGCGGGGAUCGUGGCCGCGGGCGUGCUCGGACUGGUCGGCGGCGCUUUCGUCAUCUGGUAUUUCUGCGUCUAUAAAGGGAGACACCAAAAGAGGCAGCAAAGCCAACAACAUCAAACGCUGCCGCCGCCAGAGUAUACUGGUCCAGCAGUCUGGAGCCCGAAAGACCCCUUAACGCCCUCAACGCCUGAGUUGGCUGACUCGCCUCAGCAGUGCCAGCUACGAGGCUCUCAUUACUCGGAGAAGGGCUAUGUUCCGGUCACCGAGUUGCACGCGAGAUCUAGACCGUCCGAGCUCGCGCACCAUCUGCAGCUUCAAGCGGCUGAACUCGCGUAG